GGCUCAGCGGCCAUGGCUCACGGGCCCAGCCACUCCGAGGCAUGUGGGAUCCUCGCGGAUCGGGGCACGAACCCGUGUCCCCUGCAUUGGCACGCGGACUCUCAACCACUGCGCCACUAGGGAAGCCCUGCAUUUAUUCUAUUUCGGUUUUUAAAAAGCUGGUCCGAUUCACUACCCUCAUUUCAAGACUCAUAAUGGGGAGCUACGCAGUUUUUUUUUAAACACUGUUGGAAACCACACACUCAUCGGUUAUUACGAUUAUUAUGAUUCUCAGGUAUGGUCUGACGGCUGGGAAUCUUCACUGCCAGGGCAACAAAGGACAAGGUCAAGGUUAUUAGGUCAAGGCCGCGAAAGCCCUGUUGCCAAGGAAACGGCUCGGCCAGGCCAGCGUCGGCGGACCUGGGCGCGCAGAGACUGCGGAAAAGAGGAAUGGCCCGAGGCCCUGUCACUCAGCCCCGCCCCCACGCCAGGCGCGCCCGGAAGGCCCGCCUCCUCUCAGGUUAAGCGAGGAAGGCAGCGAUUGGAGGCGCAGGGGGUGACGUAAGCUCCCGCUGUGGGUGGGUUUCCGCUCGGGCGGCCGUCGGGAGGGGCUCGGGGAACACUUAGCGGGGCUCCCCGGUCCCUGAGCCCUGGGAACUGCGAUGAGGUCGGUUAGCUACGUACAGCGCGUGGCCCUGGAGUUCAGCGGAAGCCUCUUCCCACACGCCAUCUGCCUCGGAGACGUCGAUAACGACACGUUAAAUGAACUGGUGGUGGGAGACACCAGUGGAAAGCUGUCCGUGUAUAAGAACGAUGACAGCCGGCCGUGGCUCACCUGCUCCUGCCAGGGAAUGCUCACGUGCGUCGGGGUUGGAGAUGUGUGUAAUAAAGGAAAGAACCUGGUGGUGGCCGUGAGUGCCGAGGGCUGGUUUCACUUGUGUGACCUUACGCCCACUAAGGCCCCGGAUGCUUCUGGGCACCACGAGACCCUCGGCGGGGAGGAGCAGCGCCCAGUCUUCAAGCAGCACAUCCCCGCCAACACCAAGGUCAUGCUGAUCAGCGACAUCGAUGGCGAUGGCUGUUGCGAGCUGGUGGUGGGUUACACAGACCGCGUAGUCCGGGCUUUCCGCUGGGAGGACCUGGGUGAUGGUACCGAGCAUCUGACAGGGCAGCUGGUGUCACUCAAGAAGUGGAUGCUGGAGGGUCAGGUGGACAGUCUCUCGGUGACUCCAGGGCCCAUGGGUCUUCCUGAGCUAAUGGUAUCUCAGCCAGGCUGUGCUUACGCGAUUCUGCUGUGUACCUGGAACACAGACCCUGGGCCGCCUCCCACCUCUGAGGGCCCCGAGGAGGGUACCAGGGAGACCCCCGCUGCCCGAGACGUUGUGCUGCACCAGACGUCCGGCCGCAUCCACAACAAGAACGUCUCCACUCACCUCAUCGGCAACAUCAAGCGAGGCCGCAGCCCCAAGAGCGGCGCCUCGGGCCUCUUUGCCCUCUGCACCCUGGAUGGGACGCUGAAGCUCACGGAGGAGGCGGACAAGCUGCUGUGGUCGGUGCAGGUGGACCACCAGCUCUUCGCCCUCGAGAAACUGGACGUCACGGGCAACGGGCACGAGGAGGUGGUCGCCUGUGCCUGGGAUGGACAGACGUACAUCAUUGAUCACAACCGCACCGUCGUGCGCUUCCAGGUGGACGAGAACGUCCGCGCCUUCUGUGCAGGCCUCUACGCCUGCAAAGGGGGCUGCAACAGCCCCUGCCUCGUGUACGUCACCUUCAAUCAGAAGAUCUACGUGUACUGGGAGGUGCAGCUGGAGCGGAUGGAGUCCACCAACCUGCUCAAAGUGCUAGAGGCUGAGCCGGAGUUCUGCGGCCUGCUGCGGGAGCUGGGGGUGGAGCCCCUGUCACCUCUUUUCAAAGAAGUAACAGCUUGGGACUUCCCUGGUGGUGCAGUGAUUAAGAAUCCACGUGCCAAUGCAGGGGACACGGGUUCAAGCCCUGGUCUGGGAGGAUCCCACAUGCCGUGGAGCAACUAAGCCCGUGUGCAACAACUACUGAGCCUGCGCUCUAGAGCCCACGAGCCACAACUACUGAAGCCCACGUGCCUAGAGCCUGUGUUCUGCAACAAAAGAAGCCACCGCAAUGAGAAGCCCGCACACUGCAAUGAAGAGUAGCCCCUGCUCGCCGCAACUAGAGAAAGCCUGUGCGCAGCAACAAAGACCCAACACAGCCAAAAAUAAAUAAAUUAAAAUAAUUUUUUUUAAAAAAGUAACAGCUUUAUUGAGAUACAGUUCAUAUACUGUGAAAGACACCCUUUUUCUUCUUUUUUUGUCUGUGCCACGUGGCCUGUGGGAUCUCAGUUCCUGGACCAGGGAUUGAACCUAGGACACGGCAGUGAACGCUCUGAAUCCUAACCACUAGACCAGCAGGGAACUCCCAAAAGUCACCCUUUUAAAGUAGACAACAGAGGGACUUCCCUGGUGGCGCAGUGGUUAAGAAUCCGCCUGCCAAUGCAGGGGACAUGGGUUUGAGCCCUGGACCGGGAAGAUCCCACACGCCGCGGAGCAACUAAGCCCGUGCGCCACAACUACUGAGCCUGCGCUCUAGAGCCCACAAGCCACAGCUACUGAGCCCACGUGCCACAACUACUGAAGCCCGCACGCCUACAGCCCGUGCUCUGCAACAAGAGAAGCCACCGCAAUGAGAAGCCCGCGCACCACAACGAAGAGUAGCCCCCGCAACUAGAAACAGCCCACACGCAGCAACGAAGACCCAACACAGCCAAAA